GGAGUUAAUUCAGCUUUGCACUCCAAAAAUGUGUAAUUUAUUCCAAAGCGCGCCUUCAUUCGUUGCCAACUUCAUGCUCAUCGGCCGCCGUUGAAAAGUUUGCGGCUCACAAGUGUUGUAGAAAUCAUGUGCGAAGAUUGCAAAUUCUCAAAACAGUGACUUUUUAGCAAAUAUACUGACUAAUUUAAGUAGAAAAGACUUGAAUGGUGUGUCUGGUGUGUUGACGUGAUGAGUUCGAAAUUUAGCGAUGUCGAUGAGUACGGCUUUCAGAGGCCAGCGGAUUUCGACUACGGCAGCUAUGAGGAGAUCAUGUCUGAGUAUCUGAAGGUGCUCACGAGGCGCCAAAUGCAGUGGGAGAAGUACAUGCGGUCGCACGAGCUCACGAUGAGCAGAGCGCUGAAGAGAUAUGUCCGCAAAGGCGUUCCUGCUCAUCUGCGCGGUAUUGUGUGGAUGAAGACAUCCGGCGCCUCGGCGGCGAGGGCGUCCGCCCCGUCGCUGUACCGCAAUCUGCUGUUCGAGCAGCACGACGAGGACGUGGUGGACAUGAUCAAGAUCGAUCUGCCGCGCACCUUUCCCAACAACAUCUUCUUCCCGGACGUGCAGAGCCAGCUGUUCAACAUCCUCGUGGCCUACGCGCAUCUCAACAAGGACGUGGGCUACUGCCAGGGCCUGAACUACAUCGCCGGGCUGCUGCUGAUCGUGACGAAGGACGAGGAAGGCACGUUCUGGCUGCUGCGGCACAUCGUGGAGGUCAUCGCCCCGAACUACCACACCAAGUCCAUGAGUGGCCUCAUCGUCGACAUCGGCGUGCUCAACGAGCUGCUCAAAGUGCGGGUCCCUGACGUCCACGCCCACACCAAGAUGCUGGGCCUUCCCUGGGCUGUGAUUGUCACCAAGUGGUUCAUCUGCCUCUUCGCCGAGGUGCUUCCAACCGAGACUGUGCUGCGCAUUUGGGACUGCCUCUUCGCCGAGGGAUACAAGAUUUUAUUUCGUGUCAGCGUGACAUUAAUAAUGCGCCAUCGGGAUACUUUAAUGGCCACAGAGGACAUUUCGCAGCUGGCGAAUGUUUUUCGAGAAAUGCUGCAAAGUGCGAUGGUGACGAAUUGCCACGAGUUCAUGAGCAGCAUAUUCACCAUUCCGGGUAACAUAAGGCGCCGUGAUAUCGAAUCUCUACGGACUCAGGUGGUCGUUCAGGAGGACAUUAAGGGUGUCAUAUGCUAAUCAAGGGAGUGAAUAUCUGUUCAGACAUGCAAUGCAGCUACCAAAGAACUCACAACAGAUGCAGCCUUAAUAACUACUCCAAAAAAAAAACACUCGAUUUUCUGCUUAAUAACUCGAAAAAUGACGCCAUAUCAGUUUGAAUUUUAAUGCGGCAGCAAUUAAUAUAUUGAUCAAUCCCAAGAGAUUGCCAAAGGAGAAAAAAUAUGUAUUUGAUGGUGAAGUUUUUCUAACACGUGAAAACCUUAAAUGUUUGUUACGAAUUAUAUUGAUAGUAUUACAGGAAAGUGAGGAAUUUUUAACGCGAUAGAUUUUGUAUUAUGAGUCAAGUUUUUAGAAUUUGAGAUUAAGAAUGUUUUUGUUUAUAUUGUCUGGGGCAUUUUAUUACCCUUACUCAAUUUUUAAAUAGUAUUUGACUUCCAUUAUUGAAUGUCUUUUCAAAUGGCGGGGCUUCUAAAGUGACGGAGUUCAAUAGAUUAUCCAACUAGAAGCUUCAACUGCCAAUUGAAGGUAUAAAAAUCGUCACAAAAUCCUUACUUCUAAGUGUUCUAAUGCAACUAGGCUCCGCCCAUUGGAAAACCCAGCCCAUUUAGAAAUUGAACGUAUAUUAAAGUCCUUGCAUACUCUUUCCCAUUGAAAAGCAGACUCAGAGCGAGACAUUAGGAGUAUUUUUCAUGUUUUUGCGUCUCACAUUCUUUUGUCUAUGAGUGCUAAAAAUAGUGAACUUGUGAAAAGUCUCGUGAUUUGAGUAAUAUUAAAUUUUAUCUGAACGGUGCGCGGUGAAUAAAGGAAAAAUAUGUAUACGUAAUGUUGGAAGGAAAUGAAAAUAGUCACAAUUCACGCAAAGUUUGUAUCCAAAGUAGGGUUAAAAAGUUAGUGAACUAGUCGAAAGUGGGAAUGCUGGAGGCGACAAAGUGAAUUUUGCAAUAAUAAAAGAAAAA